AUGGAGUUCCAAUUGAGGCUCACAAUUAGUUUUGGCGUAUUUGCUUGUUUAUUAUCAAUGGCUUUGGCUACACCAGGAACAGCCACUUUCUACACACAAUAUGUUCCUUCGGCAUGUUAUGGGAACAAAGACAAUGGAGUUAUGAUAGCUGCAGCUAGUGAUCCUCUAUGGGGAAAUGGGGCUAUUUGUGGCAAAGUAUUCAACGUUACAUGCACCGGACCAACAAAUCCAGUUCCGCAUCCGUGCACGGGGCAGAGCGUCGUGGUCAAGAUCGUCGAUCACUGCCCCGGAUGCGGCGGAACCCUAGAUCUCUCUAGAGAGGCCUUCGCAACUAUUGCUAACCCCGUUGCUGGGAUUAUCAAGAUUGAUUAUUAUCAGUAA